ACGCGCUGUUUGAACGGCAUCACGUGAUUAAGGGACCGGUUGAAACCAACGGAAAGCUGCAGGAGGCUUCAGCUGCAGACCUGCAAGGACAGACAUCCAGCAGACAGAGGUAGCCCCGCUCUCCCAGCUGCACAAACACCCCCGGUAUGUCCGCUGCCUGCGUGCUGAGGACCCGCUGUUUCUUCCGGCAGCUCCUCCCCGGCCUACCCGCCGCCAUGCACAGACAGUACAGCCUGGAUGUCUCCGCUCCGCUCCUCCGGACGCAGGGCUAUGUGGACGGCCGCUGGAUCUCCGCGGCCUCGGUGUUCCCCGUCCUGGAUCCGGCCACCGGACAAGAGAUAGCUCGGGUCUCGGACUGCGGCCCCGCGGAGGCCAAGCAGGCGGUGGACGCUGCCUACAAAGCCUUUCACUCCUGGAAGCAGUACACAGCCAAGGAGCGGAGCCUUCUGCUGAGGAAAUGGUUUGACCUGCUGAUGCUGCACAAAGAGGACCUCGCCAAGCUGAUCACAUUUGAAUGUGGUAAACCGAUGCGUGAGUCUCUUGGGGAGAUCACGUACUCCGCCUCCUUUCUGGAGUGGUUUUCUGAGGAGGCACGGCGGGUUUAUGGUGACAUUGUGCCGUCUCCCGCCAAAGACAGAAAGCUCCUCCUUCUCAAGCAGCCGGUGGGCGUGGCCUCCAUCAUCACACCGUGGAACUUCCCGAGCGCCAUGAUCACCAGGAAGGUGGGAGCCGCUCUGGCCGCCGGCUGCACGGUGGUGGUUAAACCAGCUGAGGACACGCCGCUGUCGGCUCUCGCUCUGGCAGAGCUGGCCGAGCAGGCGGGGAUCCCGGCGGGCGUCUUCAACGUGGUUCCUUGCUCCAGACAGACGACCCCAUCGGUUGGGCAGGUCCUCUGCACCGACCCUCUGGUGGCCAAAAUCUCUUUCACUGGAUCCACAGCCACCGGAAAGGUGUUGCUAAAAAUGGCCGCCGACACUGUGAAGAAGGUGUCCAUGGAGCUGGGUGGCCACGCCCCCUUCAUUGUGUUUGACAGUGCUGACCUUGACAGGGCAGUGGGUGGAGCUAUGGCGUCCAAGUUCAGGAACUCUGGCCAGACGUGCGUGUGUUCGAACCGGUUUCUGGUCCAGAGUGGUGUCUACGACCGCUUCGUGGAGAAGUUGGGGCAAGCGAUGGAUGCGGAGCUCCGUCUGGGUCACGGCUCAGAGCCCAACACCACGCAGGGGCCGCUCAUCAACGCCCGCGCCGCAGACAAGGUGGUCCACCAGGUGUCAGACGCGGUGUCUCGAGGGGCGAGGGUGGUGAAAGGUGGGAAGCGCCGCGAAGGCUCCUUCAUGGAGCCCACGCUGCUGGCUGACGUCACCGCAGACAUGUUGUGCACGAAGGAGGAAACCUUCGGGCCGCUGGUGCCGGUCAUCAGGUUUGACACGGAGGAGGAGGCUCUGGCUGUUGCCAACGCGUCUAACGUUGGGCUGGCAGGUUACUUUUACUCACAGGACGUGAGUCAGAUCUGGCGGGUGGCGGAGGCAUUGGAGGUGGGGAUUGUUGGAGUCAACGAGGGCCUCCUGUCCACGGCAGAGACCACCUUCGGUGGGGUCAAGGAAUCCGGUUUGGGGCGCGAGGGCUCCAAGUACGGCAUUGACGAGUACCUGGAAGUGAAGUACAUGUGCUUUGGAGGCCUCAAACCAUGAAGCUAGACACCCGGGAGGCAGAAGCAGCAAUACAAAAACUCAUGAAGCACUGAAGGUGGUCCGAUUCGUUUAUUAACACAGAAUAACCCCCUUAAAUUAAAAAUUAAUUGAAUUCAUGCAGGAAGCUGGUCAAAAACCUCUGAAUAGAUCCUGUUUUUAUAGGAAACCUGUUGGUCUGUUGGACGGUCUGUAGUUUCUCCUGUUGCCUUUGUGUAGAAGACAUACGCAUGACAUUUGUUAUAUUUUUAAGGUGCUGAUAAUUCAGUUCAGUCAUGUUUGCAUUUUUUUUUUUUUUUUAAGGAAAAUGAUCAGUGACAUGUUUUUAUAAGGGGGAUAACUUUUCUGAUUGGCUCUGUAGUUUCUCAUGAUACGUGAUGGUCACGCUCCACCGGUUAUAAAACCAAUUGAAUUUGUUUAUAUUUUCGUUUAAACUCUACGAUGAUCAACACAACUGAAAGCUUUUUUUCUUUUAAUGAAAAGGCGAGCUGGGUACAAUUCUGGGGGAAACGAACCUGAUUCAUGAGGAAAAACGGCAAAUUUACAUGAAAGAAAAGCACAAACGACAAAAGCCACAAAUUUACUUUAAAAAGUUGCAAAUAUGAGGAAAACAUUUUCUAAGAAACAAAUACACAAGAAAUCCCCACAUUUUUAACAUUGUAAUGCCAGAAGCACAUGUGUCCAAUCAUGUCAGAGAUGAGAUUUAAUGAAGCUGAUCUUCAUCAAAGCCAGUCUUCCUCACACAGCUUGGUCUGUGUGCAGUUCAGGGACCGUCUGCAAAAUGCAGCACAGAGGAACCAGGAAUAACUUCAAGUGUCCAUCUUUAAUCUGGAAAAUUCAGUUUUUUCACACCCCACACGGCACCUUCAGUUUAUUAAUUAUUAUUUUCACAUGUCGUCCUCGAACCAGCGGGAGGCGCUCUCAGACCUCUUCAUGCCAGACUGAAUAAUUUCUAUCAUCUGCUGGAAUGGGUGUUUGGUGGUUUUUUUGCACUGGUUGUAAAAUUAAACUUUCAAAAGCUGGGACACUUCAAUGAGUUGGGGCGGGGCUUAACAAACACCAUGCUCAACCACCAGUAAAAACCCUUUCUAAACCAUCAGAUGGAGCUUAGUCCGCCCAUGAAGCAGCACGUCUCCAUAAACCUGCACCUGUAGCACUCAGAUUUUUUUUUCUUUAAAGUGGAAACAAAGCUGCAAACUUGCAGCCAUUAAAAAAAAAAAAAAAGACACCAAACCUCCUGCUGAGCAUCCUUAUUUUUUUUAGUAUUAAUGAUGCUGAACUAACAUGAGUGACACGUGUUAAUGAUCUUAAUCACCAUGAGGUUGAGCAUCUGCCACGAGAGCCUUUUAUUUUAUUUUGUACACAUUUCAAACAUGUUCAUGUAAAUCUGUGCUGUAGAUAUUGGGAGGAAAACGUCUGCGUGUACCUGAGGUUGUUGACGUUAAAACCAUUAAAAGAAGCAGCUGUUUGCAGACAGAUGUUGAUGUUAAAGCACAGGAAGUUGUUUCCUGGGUCCUGAAAGCAGUGAAAUCAUAAGUGCCAUAUUUGAUGAUCAGUCCACCUGUUGGCCCCGUUCAGUCUGCCUGAUUUAAAGUUAAAGGUACUUUUUGUAAUUACCCUCAGAAAAGCUUCAAUGUUCUGACACCAGGGGGCGUGCUUUCAGCUUAACUUUUUUCUUUUUAUCUGUGCCCUCAUUUUAUUAAAAUUGGUUUUAAUUUUUCAGUCCAAAUGUUUCUUCAUUUACUUAUUUUUGGAAGCUUUUUAGGCUGCUUUAAAACACAGGAAGUUACAAUAAGUACCUUUUAAUGAAGUACAUCAUAAAUAUUUGAAAUAUUAAAUCUGGGAGCAGAUUAGUAACUGAAUACUCAUUUCUGUGUAAUUUGAAUUGUGAAACA